AUGGAUGCGCAUGCGCUCCUUUCCGCCCAAGGCUGGCGCGGAACCGGCCAUUCCCUGCACAAGACGGACGACUCAAUUGGCCUCGCCAAGCCGCUCCUCCUCAACCGCAAGACCAACACAAAGGGCCUCGGAAACACAAAACACUUCACGAGCGAUUUAUGGUGGAUGGACGCUUUCGACGAACAGCUGAAGGGUCUCGACACGUCCAAAGAAGGCAAAGUUGAGCAGACAGUGACGACUGGCAAGCUCAAUGCCCUGGAUCCGGGACGCGUAUCGAAAUACUCCAUCUAUGCUUCCUUUGUCCGAGGUGGAUUUUUGCAGGGAACAAUUACUCCAGAUUUGACGGACGGGUCGACCAGCACCGAGUCGGAAACGAGCGAUAACACGAAGACUGUCUCCUCUAAGGAGACAAAGUCUACAAAGCCUAAGAAGGAGAGCAAAGAAGAGAAGAGAGCUCGAAAGGAGGAAAAGAGAGCCCGAAAGGAGGAGAAGAGGAAACGAAAAGAGGCGCGCGCUCUGCGAAGAGCGGCAAAAGCUGAAAGAAGGCUACGGAGAGCUGAAGCGAAGAAGGAUACGUCAGAUUCCAACAGCAGUACGGCAGAAGAGAAGCGGCUAAGGCGUGCUCGGAAGGAGGAAAAGCGAAGGCGGAAGGAAUUAGAAAAGAAGAAGGCUACGGGCGGUUAA